AUGAGGCUGGAUAUCAAGAGACAGCUCUUUGCUCGUUCAGAGCGGGUAAAGGGCAUUGAUUUCCAUCCAACGGAACCAUGGAUCCUGACAACUCUAUACAGCGGUCACGUAUACAUUUGGUCUUACGAGACUCAGUCAAUCAUUAAAACCUUCGAACUUACCGACGUCCCUGUACGAGCCGGUCGAUUUAUUGCCCGCAAAAACUGGAUCGUUUGCGGCUCAGAUGACUUCCAACUCCGUGUAUACAAUUACAACACUUCUGAGAAGAUUGCCUCGUUUGAGGCCCAUCCAGACUAUAUUCGUUCAAUCGCCGUUCACCCGACCCAACCUUUUGUUCUUACCGCUUCCGAUGACAUGACAAUUAAGCUCUGGGAUUGGGAGAAAGGUUGGAAGUGUGUCCAGGUAUACGAAGGUCACGCCCAUUAUGUGAUGGGACUGUCUAUUAAUCCCAAGGACACAAAUACAUUUGCAUCUGCGUGCUUGGAUCGGACCGUCAAGAUCUGGAGUCUUGGUUCUCCGCAUGCCAACUUCACAUUGGAGGCCCACGAGACGAAGGGCGUUAACUAUGUCGACUACUACCCACAAGCCGACAAACCCUACCUUCUCACCACCUCAGAUGAUAAGACCGUUAAGAUCUGGGAUUACACCACAAAGGCGCUCAUUGCGACAUUGGAAGGACACACAAGUAAUGUUUCCUUUGCGUGUUAUCAUCCGGAACUGCCAGUGAUUAUCUCGGGAUCCGAGGAUGGAACUAUCAAGAUCUGGCACGCAAACACAUACCGAUUGGAGCAAUCGCUAAGCUAUGGCUUAGAAAGAGCUUGGUGUAUCUCAUACCAGCGUGGUAGACAGGGCAUUGCAAUGGGUUUUGACGAUGGUGCUGUGGUUGUGAAAAUGGGUCGCGAGGAACCAGCUGUCUCUAUGGAUGGAUCGGGAAAGAUUAUCUGGGCAAGACACAAUGAAGUGGUUUCAACAGUCAUCAAAGGUGGCGACGCUACUGUUAAGGAUGGCACACCGCUGUCCUUACCGACAAAGGAGCUGGGCUCAUGUGAAAUCUACCCGCAAACACUAUCGCACUCUCCCAAUGGUCGUUUCGUUUCAGUAUGCGGUGAUGGGGAGUAUAUCAUCUACACUGCCCUUGCCUGGAGAAAUAAGGCAUUCGGGCAAGCACUUGAUUUUGCCUGGGGCUCGAAGGAUAACAGCAAUGACUAUGCUAUCCGCGAGUCCCCAACAAGUGUCAAGAUCUUUAGGAACUUCAAGGAAGUCAGCGGUGGCCUCGAUGUUGGCUUCCAAGCCGAAGGCCUCACAGAUGGCGUGCUUCUUGGGGUUAAAGGACAGGGAGGCAUUGGUAUGUUCGAUUGGGAAACGGGAAAUCUAGUCCGUCGCAUUGAAGUCGACCCCAAAGCUGUUUACUGGUCUGAGUCUGGAGAGUUGGUCACCCUUGCUUGUGAGGAUUCUUUCUACGUGCUUCGAUUCUCAAGGGAGAACUAUAUCAACGGCCUGAAUGAGGGUGAUGCCGAUGAGGACGGUGUUGAGUCGGCAUUCGAAGUCGUCACUGAUGUCAAUGAGACUGUCAGGACAGGCCAGUGGGUUGGGGAUUGCUUUAUUUACACGAACUCGACGAACCGCUUGAACUACCUUGUUGGUGAUCAGACCUACACUAUCUCUCACUUCGACCAAGCAAUGUACGUCCUCGGCUACUUGCCCCGCGAUGGCAGGGUUUACAUUGCCGAUAAGGAUGUCAACGUUGUUUCAUUUGGUCUCUCACUUAGCAUGGUCGAAUAUCAGACCGUGGUUCUGCGUGGAGACAUGGACAUGGCAGCAGAACUGCUGAAGGAUAUCCCGCAGGAUCAGAUCAACAAGGUUGCGCGGUUCCUGGAAGGCCAGGGCUACAAGGACAUGGCUCUCGAAGUCGCCACUGACCCCGAGCACCGUUUUGACCUUGCUCUUUCGCUCAACAAUCUCGACAUUGCCCUUGAGAUCGCUCGUGAGGCUAAUGUUGAACAUAAGUGGAAGACUGUCGGUGAUGCUGCCCUAGCAGGAUGGAAUCUGGCUUUGGCCCAGGAGUGCUUCACCAAUGCCAAGGAUGUUGGCUCCCUCCUGCUUUUGCACACAGCCAGUGGCAACAAGGAGGGUCUCCGCAACCUCGCCGGGCAAGCAUCUGAGGCUGGCCUCCACAAUGUUGCUUUCUCCACCCUGUGGUCUCUCGGUGAUAUUGAUGGCUGCAUCGAUCUCCUCGUGCGGACCAACCGUUUCGCGGAAGCUGUCCUCUUCACACAAACCUACAAGCCAUCCCGGGCCCCCGUGCUCGUGGUUCAGUGGAAGCAGUCGUUGGAGCAGUCUGGAAAGACGAAGAUCGCCCGCCUGAUCGGCGUCCCUCCCGGUGCCCCCGAUGCUACUUCCGAUGACGACCUCUUCCCAGAAUGGGAUGAGUACCUUCGUCUGGAAAAGGAAGGCGUUGUUCCCGAACCCCCUUCAUCAGAAUCCCUCAUCGACGUCAACGAUGGUGAAGAGACCGAGCCAGCAGCCAAUGGAGCUCCAGAAGUCGAAGCCGAAGCAUGA